UUGUCAACUUUUUCUUUUGUAAUUAUUUCUUUCAUAAUUACAUACACCUUCUGGAAAUUAAGUAAUUUCGUUAAAAAAAUUGAUAAAUUAUUUCAAAAUAAUGUCUAAUCCCAGUGAAAAGGCACCCAAUAUCAAAUUCGCUGAAGGAAAAAUCGAUAAGGCGCAAUUGGAGUUCAUGAAAUUGAUUGAACAACAAAACUUGGAAAGAGUUCAGAAACUGAAACGUGUUAGACGUAAUAACUUGCUAACAGCCGGCUCAUUGAUAUUCUCGGUGGUGGGCAUCUAUGCCUAUUCAAUUUACUCCGUGAAACAAGAGAAAUUUUUGGACGAUUUUGAAGAACCCAAAAAAGUCAACACCAAUUAAGCCGUAUUCCCCAAACGCUUGUUUAGUUUUAUAAGAUUUCUACGCUUAGUUCUUACAUCCUUGUUAUUUUUGAUUGGAAAUUGUUGUAUAACCUUAACGUUUUUGUUUUUGGAGGAGAAGGACUAUUUUGCGUCGUUUUUUGGAAGUAAACGAAAAA